CUGCCGCGCGCCGAGAGAGAGAGACGCUUCAUUCCGCCCGGGGACGACGAGUCUUUUUUGGAGGCCUGUAAGCCGCCUUCGCCUUCGCCUUAGCGUCAGGAACAAACAUGGAUAAAAGUGAGUUGGUACAGAAGGCCAAACUUGCUGAGCAGGCAGAGCGCUAUGAUGAUAUGGCUGCUGCCAUGAAGGCUGUCACUGAGCAGGGACAUGAGCUGUCCAAUGAAGAAAGGAAUCUCCUCUCUGUUGCCUACAAGAACGUGGUUGGUGCCCGUCGUUCUUCGUGGCGUGUCAUCUCCAGCAUUGAACAGAAGACGGAAAGAAAUGAGAAGAAACAGCAGAUGGGAAGAGAAUAUCGUGAGAAGAUUGAGGCUGAACUGAAGGACAUCUGCAAUGAUGUUCUGGAACUGCUGGAUAAGUACCUUAUUGCUAAUGCCACACAGCCAGAAAGCAAAGUCUUCUAUUUGAAAAUGAAAGGAGAUUACUAUAGAUACCUUUCAGAAGUGGCAUCUGGAGAAAGCAAGCAAACAACAGUAGCAAAUUCUCAGCAGGCAUAUCAAGAAGCAUUUGAAAUCAGCAAGAAAGAGAUGCAACCAACACAUCCUAUUCGACUUGGUCUGGCACUUAAUUUCUCUGUGUUCUACUAUGAGAUACUAAACUCACCAGAGAAAGCCUGCAGUCUGGCAAAGACGGCAUUUGAUGAAGCAAUAGCUGAACUGGACACACUGAAUGAAGAAUCUUACAAAGAUAGUACUCUGAUUAUGCAGCUACUUAGAGAUAACCUUACUCUAUGGACAUCGGAAAACCAGGGAGAUGAAGGGGAAGCUGGGGAGGGCGAGAACUAAUGGCUGUCACGCUUCACUAUAUGUUCAAUGUCACUCUGUAUCCUACACGUUAUAUCCCUUUGUGCGACAAGCAAAAAGAAUAGUACAUCGACUUCACAACCUCAACGUAGCAAACUGUCUGUGGGGUAAAAACAAUUGGUUGGUGUUCUGUGUACAUAAAAUGGAGAUCAAUUGAGCAAUGGCAUUUUGAACCUUUCCUAUUAUGAACACUUACAAUUAUGAUUACUGUGUUUAUAUUUUUUUUUAACUGAACACUGUGAUUAUGGGUUUUGCGAUUGCAGUUGACUAUACAAAACUCUAAAUGAUGGAAGAGUAGAUAUCAAUCAUGUAAUUCAUUGGAAAGAUUAUAAUCUGGGAUCAAAGUAGUCGAAGUACAAUUCUGUUGUAAAGUUGUACAGAAAAUUAUAGAGAUUAUAUUGUGACACUGCAACAUGGAAGGGAAACAAUCUAUUGUGCGGCAUUCCAGUUCAGUAGUUCACUUCUGUGAAUUUAAUAGGCACAUUCAUUCAGAAAUUUUUGUUUUUGAAAUAAUAAUGCUGGACACGCUGCUUUUCAGCCAAAUGCUCAUGUCAAAUGUAAACAUUUUCUGAGGCCUCAAUUUAAACGGCAGCCUAAGUUCCAGACUCCUUAGCAGUGGCAGAACACUGGUGCUUUGUCUCUGGAGAAACAGCCCAGUCCUCUUUCUGUGGACAUCAAGCCCCUUCCCACAGCAAUAAGUUAACAUAUUUACAAUAUGGACUAUUCUUGGUAGUGAAUUUUUAGAGCACUAUCAUGGAAUUUCAACAGGAUAUUUCUGUUUUUAUGGCCUUAUUAGUUGCUGGGUAGGCAUGCUAAAUAGAACUGUUUUCCCACUUUAAAAUCCUAAAAUCUUAAUCUCCCUCCUCACUUCAGGGAGGAGGCCUGCCCCUUUGAAUAAUCUGAAAGAGCUCUUUGCAUGGAUUGUGUUCUCCCACCCAGUCCCAUUCCUACUUCAGUUUAAAGCCUGAGGUCCUUUGUGUAUGCUGUUAAAUCUUUGAUGAUGGGAGCAUCUUAAAUAUGUUGGAAUACAGUUUUCACUUAGAUGCUGAAAGCUUGCCAGUGCUGUAGUUCUCAGCUCUUGGCAUCUGCCCACUCCUGGGUCACAAGAUCCUGUUAAAAAUUUUCCCAUAGCUGCCUUAGGAAUACAGACCAUAAACAUGCAUAUUAAUUGUUAGCUUGAGAUACUGAAAUUCCAAAUGUUCAAUUGUUUAUAAACCUGUCCAGUCAAAUACCAGAAUUCAAUAGGAGUUGCAUGAAUAAUGCAGAGGAAAGAUUUGAAUACUCACCCUUUCCAAUCUUUUUAAUAUCGUUCCUCUGCCUAUAGCAUUCCACUUAGAUCAUAGAAUCCAUCUGUUCGUCUUUUCAUCUGUUGCUGAAGAGAGAAAUUCAUGCACUGACUUCAAAAUUCCCCUCUUACUAGCUGAACAAAUUGUGCAGUUAUACUUGGCGCUUGAUAAAUGCGGUAGUGAAUGUGGAACCGAGCCUGUCUGUAUAUCUGGUAGCUCUUUUUGCGUUGUUUCUACUGACCAGUAUUUUGCCUAAAGUUUGCUUCUGUGACGGUUGUAUUGCCUAGCACACACACACGUGGUUGUGAGAAUAGUAUAGCAAAAAGAAAUACCUGGUUAUUGAUGUACUAGAUUUGUGUAUGUCUUUUAAAACAGUUCUAGUUUCACCUUACACAAUCGGGAAAGUGUAAAAGAAUUCAAAGACAAUAAAAAGUUUUAUCAGUU